GAAUUAGGCUGUGGAGAAAUAAAAGUGGAUGGUGCUGAUGAUAAAUUGAAAGACGAGGACAGAACCCGAAUAGGCGAACGAUUAAAAAAGCAACUCCACUGUCGUAUAAAGGAAGCAAAAUCCGAAAGGAUAUUCCAUGUCUUUGGAAUGUUCAUCGCCGAUAAUAUUGUAGAGCUUUAUCACAGUUCUUUUUCUAAAGAAGAUGGUUAUGACUUUGUACUAUCAAGUAAAUUAAUUCUUCCGACAUUAAAUUCAACAUACACUGCAAUUGAGGAAUCAAUUGAAAUUUUA